CCGGGACGCGCGCACCGCAAGCGGCGCGGGUCGCAGGGAAGCGGUCCGCCGCCUGAACCGGAGACGGAGUGUGCGUGAGGAGGCAGGGCACGUGAAAGGUGUCGCGAUGAACACGGUGCUGUCGCGGGCGAACUCGCUGUUCGCCUUCUCGCUGAGCGUGAUGGCGGCGCUAACCUUCGGCUGCUUCAUCACCACCGCCUUCAAAGACAGGAGCGUCCCGGUGCGGCUGCAUGUCUCGCGGAUCAUGCUAAAAAAUGUAGAAGACUUCACUGGACCUAGAGAAAGAAGUGAUCUGGGAUUCAUUACAUUUGAUGUAACUGCUGAUCUAGAGAAUAUAUUUGAUUGGAAUGUUAAACAAUUGUUUCUUUAUUUAUCAGCAGAAUAUUCAACAAAAAAUAAUGCUCUGAACCAAGUUGUCCUUUGGGACAAGAUUGUUCUGAGAGGUGAUAAUCCGAAGCUGCUGUUGAAAGAUAUGAAAACAAAAUAUUUUUUCUUUGAUGAUGGAAAUGGUCUCAAGGGAAACAGAAAUGUCACUUUGACCCUAUCUUGGAAUGUUGUACCAAAUGCUGGAAUUCUACCUCUUGUGACAGGAUCAGGACACGUAUCUGUCCCAUUUCCAGAUACAUAUGAAAUAACGAAGAGUUAUUAAAUUAUUCUGAAUUUGAAACGACAUAUUUUUAUACUUAAUGAAUUGUAUCUCACUUAUCUCUUCCCUUGCAUCUUCGUUUGUUUUUGGUUGUUACCUUUUGGGGGAAGGGGGGUGGUGUAUAAGACUAAAAUCAAAAGGCAUAUUUGAAGGGAAAGGUUAAUGGGCUACUAAAUUUAACUUUACAAACACAGGCCACCAGAGUGGAGUAUUAUCUUAUAAGAAUAAGACAACUACAUAAUUAGGAUUUGUAAAAAAGAGGUAUUUGAAGUAUUCCCUGUAUUUCCAUUAUUCUUUAUGGAAUAUAAAACGAGCAUGAUAGGUAGUUAAAACUUUCAGGUGCCUGUAGAGUCAUAAGAACUCUGUGUUUUAUGCCUUGCAUUCAUGCAAGUUCACAUUGGAUGUGAUUUAGAAGUAGGCAUUCUCUUUUAUCUUUUUUAGGGUAUGGUUGAUUACUGGAAAAAUUCACAUAGCUAUUUGUUAGAAGCCUGGUUUACAAAAAAGUCAAAAGUCAUGGAAUUUUAUUCCGUUUGUCUUAGGAUGCCCAUAAUGCUUAUUUUUUCUUACAGGUGACUAGCAACUUUCUCCACUUAAAGACUAAAUACCUCUUUACAUGCUAUAAAACAUUCUGAUUCAUUUUAAAGUCUCUUCAGUCAACCAAAUGUGUGUCUUUCAGUGAUUUCUCUAAAAAUGUUCCUUUGUGUUAUAUCUUUGUAUAAUUUUUUAGGAUUGACCUAGAAUGUUGAAAAUGUUUGCAUGGUUUACCCUCUGAGUUAAGUUUGUUCUAGUGAACAUGCCUAGUACCACUAAGGGGUAAUUAUUUACAAUUUUUCUUAGUCCACAUUUUAACAAUCAUUGGUGUAAUAAUCAAUGUCUCUGGUGUGUCUUUCCAUUUACAAAGCACUCUCAUAUAUUUUAUUGUAUGUUAUCCUCAAUAAUCUAAUGAGGUAAGUAGUGCCAAGUGUUAGCUUUUUGCAGAUAAAGAAACUGAAACCCAGAGGUUUAUUGAAUUGCUUCAAGGUUAGCUAGCUAGCGAGGAAUGGAAUUAAAACUUGAACUCAGAUCUUCUGAUUCUCUAAGCUUAUCUUUUCUUUCAUACCUCAGAUUACCAUCUAAUCAGAUAUCAUUAAAACUUUUCAUUGUAUUUUUUGUUACCCUGGACACCCUUUUUAUCACUCCUGGAAGAGGUUUCCCAUCCUGUAGGGAAUUGACUAAUUUUCAAUGGUUAGAAACUUAUAUGGAGGUAAUCUUACUUCAUUCUUCGUAUAAAUUCAUUUGGCUUAUAUUAAAAAUGUAAGAAAAUUUAAAUAUAUGUAAAAAUAAGAAAUACAUAAUACAUGAUUGAAUGUAUGAUCAUAUUUCUCAUAUUUUUUUUCUGCAGUGGGCAAUUGAACAUCCUCAAAGGUAGCAGCUGCAGAUCAAUUACCCUUAAAAGCAAGACCAAACACUGUAGAUACACAGCAGUAACCAAAAAAAGGGCUAAUAUUUUCUAAGAAUAAUUUAAUAACUAACAUUUGUUAUAUUUACUUCAUAUGAGAUACAUUACUAUUUAAUUAUAUUAAUUUUAACAGCUAUUGUAUGUAGGUAUACAGUUCACGUAAAAGCAUGUAGGUAUGAGUUUUUCAAAGAAGUAGAAAAGUCACAGGUUUAGUGUCAUGAAUACUAGACUGGGUUUGACUUUUUCAUUAAAGUUUUCCAGGUCUCAGUUUCUUUAUCAGUAAAAUGACAGAGUUGGACUAGUUAACUUAAAUGGUGGCCCUUUUAUACCACACAAGUCUAACAGGUAAAUUUGUUUUACCUGUUUAGCAAAAAGAUUGAACAGAACAGCUGUUUAUUUUUAUUUCUUUAGUAAUAUGAAGAAAGAAGAUGAUUGGAAGACUAGCUCAUAACCCUUGUUGUUCUAACUUUUUUUCUGUUAGAUUUUACACCUAGAAAAUUUAACUUCACUUACUGUACUUUGUGCAAAUACUAGACAUGUCUAGGUGUCAAAGUUUAAAAAUCGGGUAUGUUCUCAUUAAGGAAGGCCUACACAGUAAGCCUGUAGUCUCAACCAGACCUGGAUACUGGUUUAACAGCUCAUUAUACUUCUAUGAUGAAUGGAUCUCUUAGUGCGGUAGAGGUUAAUGUUGAAAUUUACUUGAGUUACAAUUAGUUUAUUUGACAAGCCUGUGUUUUUGGAGCUUGGUGAGGAAAGAAGUAGAAUGGCUCAACUAGCACAGUGGAUAGUUUUUUUGUUUUUACUUAAGGGAAACUGCUCAGGACAAGAGUGCUCCAACAUGGAAUAAGGAACCUUUGUCUCAGGAACUCAUUUUUGGGUGUGCACAGUUUUAGUAGUUUACCGUAAUUCUACAUUUUAAAAAAUUGACCUGUGCAGUUUGAUAACCAUAUUGUCUACCUUAGUUUCAGUAUUUUAAAGAAGUCUCCUAAAAUCUCCACAAAGACACAAGGCUUCAGACUUAUAAAAACCUAAGUAUGAUUAGAAAUGUCUUAGCCCAGAGAUGAUUCUGAGAAAAGAUAAUAAUUGCAGAAUACUUAUUUAAAGUAAUUAUGAUUAAAAAUGAAUUAAUUUUAAAAUGUAAUGCUCACAUACCCUUUGCUCUAGCAGUUUAAUGUAGACAAACAGCUAUAUCAGUGUUUUUUAUUCCCCUAGUUGAUUACAUUUUGUUUCUUUAUGCUAAAAGAAAAUAACAAACUUCAGAAAUUCCUAAAGGUAUAAUAAGAAUGUGGGUUAUUUUGAAUUUCUUUUCCUAGAAUUAUUUUAUAGUUCUCAUGUGGGUCUGGCCAGCCAUUUAAUAGCACUGGCUUUAAGAUGAUAAUGGACAGUUUUUACUAUUUUCUCUCUAAAGCUUAGUGAUCUAAAGCUUUGGAUCUUUUGAGUAUAGGUUAAUGGAGAUGUUCUUUUAUAAUACUUUGAAUUGACAUGAAAUGGAUUUAUGGGGGAGAAAACAUAAGCUGUGAACUUUGGUAGUAAACAAACAUUUAUCUAUUUCAAAAGCUUUCCUUUUAGCAGAGCCGGUGUACAUUACAUAUGACUGCCAGUGGUUUGAAGAGAUCUGUUUCAAAAAGUUGUUGCAUGUUUUUGAUACAAUUUGGGAAAUUGUGUACUUCACAAAGACAGAUUCAUAAGAAAAUUCAUGAAAAUACUGAAUAAAUAGGUGAAGUUUUUCUUAAUUGCAAUAAAUAUUCAGAAUUUUUUUCUAAGGAAAAUCACUUUUGUUUAUGAGUAAAAGUACGCAUUUUGAAAGACUUUUAGAUUUAUCCUUUUUAUGUGAAGCUGCUGAACUGAAAGUGAGUGGGAGAAACCAAAUCUAAUAAACUUAAGAAUUUUCUUUCUUUUGAGGGGUCAGAGGUGGGGGGAAGUUAAUUAUACCUGAUAUAUUUUCUCUAGAGACUGUAUGCUCCUAUGCUAGAUUGUAAGCUCUUUGAGGGCAGUCUGUCAGAUUUCUCUUUUGUAUGUUUCCCAGAGCCUAGCAUAGUGCCUUGCACAUAAUAGGCCCCCAAUAAAUAUUGAUGAUGAAUGACAA